AUGUUAAAAUAUUUAACGUGUGGUGGGUGUGGAUGUGGAAGAAAAAAGAAAAAACCCAAGAAUUUAAAUGGGGAUAAUGCACCUUAUGCUCCUGCGGAAAAACCACUUAUUUCGUCAACAGUGGUCCCUGGUCAACCACAAGAUAUCUCUGCCAGAGAUGCUCUGUUAUAUUGGAGUCGAAGAACCACAGAGGGUUAUCCUGGAAUUAAAAUUACUGAUUUCUCUAAGAGUUGGAGAGAUGGCAAAGCAUUCCUCGCGAUUAUUCAUCGCAACAGACCAGAUUUGGUUGAUUUCCGUAAAGUUCGGCACCAGACAGCCAGGCAGAAUUUAGAAGUAGCUUUUGAUACAGCAGAACGUGAUCUGGGGGUUACUAAGCUACUUGAUCCUGAAGAUGUGGAUGUUCGCGAACCUGAUGAGAAAUCUGUGAUAACUUAUGUUUCCUCAUUAUAUGAUGUGUUCCCUAAUGUUCCUUCAACACAACAAUCUCUUCAAGACAAUGAAAGACAAUUGAAAAUUGAAGAAUAUAGAGAUUUAGCCACAGCAUUAUUAAGAUGGUUACGUGAUGUACAUGUGAUGAUGGAUGACAGAAAAUUCUCUUCAUCACUCCUAGAAAUGAAGGCUUUACUACAAGACUUUAAUAAGUUCCGGUCUGAAGAGGUUCCACCAAGAUUAGAUGUCAAACAAAGAUUAUUUAAGAUAUUUGAUCAAAUCAAGAAUCUAAGUACAGACAAAUCCAACAUUGGUGUAGAAGAAGAACUGUAUCCAGAAAAUAUCAACAGAUUUUGGACAAGAUUUACAGCAGCACUACAAGAAAGAGAUAUGGCCAUGCAGGCAGAAAUACUCAGGUUAGAACGACUCCAAAGACUAGCAGAGAAAAUGAAUCGUGAAUGUAAAACAAAUGAGGAAGCAUUAAGUACACUAGAGAGACGUCUGCAAGAGGAAGAGAAGAGAAUUGAAUCAAUCCAUCCAUUUGAAGCCAAACGUAGUUGUGAUUCUUUAGAUAGAGACUUACAUAAUAUUGAAGAUACAAUUCGCAAUCUGUUCCGUGAUGUACAAAGUUUACAAGAUGGCCGCCAUCCACAGGCUGAUCAUCUUUAUAGAAGAGUAUCUGACUUACAGUCUAAAUUAUCUCAACUGAGAACACAUUUAUAUAGUAAUGUAAUUCAGCCAUUAUUAUCUAAAUCAUACGUAGAAGAGGGACGUACUACUACUAAACGUACCGAGAUUGUUACUGAAGUAAGAUUAGUUGAUACAAAUCCUGCCUUUAAACAUAUUCAAGACUGUUCAGAUUGGAUUGAAGCUAAACAGCAAAUACUAGAGAAUAGUGAAUAUGAUAGUGAUUUAUCUAGACUACAGAAAUUAAUACAUGAACAUGACUUAGAUCAUAAAGAAGUUUUAGCAUUCCGUUCAGAAAUAGAUCAAUGUAUUAAUAAUAGACUAAGUCUUUCAUCUGAAGAACAAAAACUGUACACACAGAAAUUAUCAAAAUUAGAAGUUUCCUACUCUUUACUAACUAAUACAUCAAGUAGAAGACAGAAGUGUUUAGAAUCUCUAUUAGAGUUUAUAGAAGCAGCAGCAGGAGAAGUGUUAUGGUUAAGUCAGUUAGAGGAAAGAGAGGUGGCUAGAGACUGGACAUCUCGAGAUCUCAAUAUUCAACAAGAAGAAGAAUAUUUAAAGAGUCUAAUAAGACAGUUAGAAACUAGAGAAGGACAGUUUAAUGCUGUACAAGAACGAGGUGGAGCUCUAGUGUUAGAUAGACAUCCAGCUAGUAAUAUUAUUGAAGCAUUUAUGUCCACCAUGCAGUCUCAAUGGUCUUGGAUGAUACAACUAACAACCUGUUUAGAACUUCAUUUAAAACAUUGUCAAGAUUAUUAUCAGUUUUUUGAGGAUGUACGACAAUGUGAACAAUGGACUGUACAACAUACAGAUUUAUUAACUAAACGUUAUAAUAGACCCAAUAUACCUGUGGAAGAGGCUGAAUUACUUCUCCGAGAAUUACAGGAAUUGCAAGAACAACUUAAAGAAUAUGAUAGAAGAGUUUCGUCCUUGAUUCUCAAGAGUCAUGAAGUUAUUCCCCUUCCACAACGAGGUCGUCCAGUACAUCGACCAAUCAAAGCUAGGGCUUUAUGUUCAUAUCAUCAAGGAGAUAUAACUCUGAAUAAGAAUGAUGAAUGUUUCCUCAUGGAUAAUACUCAAAAACAAAAAUGGAAGAUAAAAACAUUAAGUGGUAGUGAAACUAUUAUACCAUCUGUAUGUAUGUUGAUACCACCACCAAAUCAAGAUGCUAUAGAUUAUGCUAAUAGAUUAAAGAUUCAGUUAGACCAUUUAUCUAGUUUAUGGAAACAGCAGCAACGUAAACUACGUAAAGACAUGGUUUUCGCUACCAUCAAUAUUGUCAAAGGCUGGGAUCUUAAAAAGUUCUGUGCUAUGGAUCCUGGACAAAGAGAAGCAAUAUGGAGAGCAUUAAACGAUGAUGCUCAUAAACUAUUAGCUGAUUUAACAUCAGAUGAUAUGGACAAACCUAGAUUAAAGAAAGAAUUAGAAUUAUGUAAUAAGAUAUUUUUAGAUUUAUCAGCCCAAGCAGCAGCACUAGAAGCCCAACAAAGCAGAUCUUCAGCUGAAAAUUUGAUUCAACAGUUAGAUAGCAUCAAUAGAAAUUUAGGAUUGUGUGAUCAACAGCUAUCAUCUUUAUUACAUAAACCUGUACCACAGAGUAGAGUAGCUAUACAGGAUGCCUUCCAAUCAUAUAGGGAUUUUGAGAAAAGAUUAGACAAUCAAGAACGUGAAAUAGAAUCUGUCCAGAAAGCUUAUGUUACAGUUACACCUAAAUCACAGCUGGUCGAAUCCAAACUUAAUCUGGUUGUACAGAAAUGUGGAGAAUUGAAAGCCAUUUCACAUGUUUAUGUACAGAGAUUAAAGACAGCUGAGUCUGUUGUAUCUGGUUUAGAUGAUGUUAAACAGAUUGUAUCAGACUAUGAGAUCACUUUAACAUCACAUGAUAAUAUGACAUCAGACCUCAAUAUUCUUAGUGAUCAACAAGAAGAACUUCGGGAGAUCCAAUCAUCAAUACAGCAGCAGCAACCUAAAAUAGAUCAACUGAGGAAAGAUUGUGGAUCAUUAAGAACAUUAGUAGAGAAUAGUAGACAGACGACAAUGAGACAUCAUGAUGUAGAGUCUGUAGAGAAAGAUGUUAAAGAAUUGGGUAGUAGAUGGGACAAUGUCUGUAUACAGGUUGUAGAGAGGUUGAGAAGUGUAGAUGCAUCACAAGAUUUAUUAUCUGUGUAUCAUAAUGGUGUACAGAGUGAACAGAAGUGGGUUGAUCAGAUGGAAUCUAAGAUCAAUUCCCACCCACCUUUAACUGGAGAUGUUGUUGAUGCCAAACAACAGCUAGAACCAACUAUGACUGUUUAUAAUUCACUGGGUGAAAGAAGACAUCAAAUAGAGAAUGUAAAUAGGCUAGGUGGACAAUAUAUACGUGAAGCUAAGAUCUAUGAUAAAAGAUUACGCCACUACAGGGAGAGUUUAGAAGAAAUUGAUGCUGCACUUGUUACAUCAAUGUCUAAACGUGGCAGACGUGUUGAUGGAGCAGAAGUGGUGAAAAUUGAAUUGGAUGAUUUAAAUGCCCGUUAUAUGAAUUUGGUUAAAUGGACUAACUUGAGAUUAAAGCAGAUAACUGCCAUUUUAUCUGAUGCCAAUGUUCAGUUCCAAAUGGUAAUUGAUGAUGAAAUUCCUCUACUUCGUACAUUCCGUGCCGAGCUAGCAAAACGUUCUUCCAUGUUGGUUGAUGAUGACAUGCAGGAGUUCUUCCAGCAGCUUACAGAUGUAGAACAAAGUCAAACAACUUAUCGGUCAUUUGUAAACCAUUCCACUCUACAGUCUGGUUCAACAGCUACAGCCGAACUUAUAGCUUCUCCACGCCAAACUCAUGUGAUAGGAUCUAGUUUAGAUUCCCCUGUAACCUCACCUCAACUGUCUUUCCCUACAAUUCAUUCCGAUAGUAAUAUAAAUACUAGACUUUCUCAAAAGAUAGCCACUAUCAGCAGUAUAUCUAUGUCUACCUAUGGACAAGACUCAAUGAGAAUAGAUGAGGGACCAAUUAAUGGACGCUAUCAAACUGUAUUUAGCGUGAAAAAUACUGAUGUAUCAUCUAGAGGACUGCCACUUCAUGUUGACUCUGUGUUUAAUCCACAAACUUCUCAAAAAUUAACUUUAAUGGAAGCUAUAAAUGCAGGCUUAGUUGACCUGAAAACUAAAACAUUUUGUAAUCCACAGACACGAGAGAAAAUGACACUGACACAAGCAGCAGUGAAAGGUUUUAUUGAUGAAGAUUUACAUAAGAAAUUAAAUACAUUAUGUGGUAUAAGUGAUCCUAGGAGUGGAGAAGAACUCACGUUAAUUGAGGCUAUAUCUAAAGGAAUAUAUUUACCAGCUACUAACAAACUUGUUGACUCUGCCACUGGUGAAGUGGUUAGUGUAGUUGAAGCUGUUACACGUGGUAUCGUGUCUCAAAGCUGUGCUGAUGCUUUGUCAGGAGAACCAGUAAGAUUGACAUCCAUAACACAUACUCAAGCUGUGUUUGCUAAUUCAGAACCAUUAAGAACUGAAAUGCCUUUAAGUUUAGCCCAGAUUGUUAAUAAAGGACUAUAUGAUGGAAGUACUGGUAAAGUGAUUGAUCCAGUGUCUAAUACAGAAAUGACUGUUCUUCAAGCUGUUGAAAAAGGAUUUAUAAAUCCCAGUUUUAGAGAAAUUGAUGAUCCAAAUACUGGGAACUUUAUCUCUUUAACAGAAGCUGUGUCUAAAGGCAUAAUUGAUCCAGUAGCUGGUGUCUUCAAACACAAAACCACUAAUCAGAAAUUAAGCCUAGAUCAAGCACAUAUUCGAGGUUUACUCAAGAUGCCUACUCCAUUAGCAGAAUUAGUAACCAAUGGUGAUAUGCUUGAGAAUGGAAACAUUUUUGAUAAGAAUACUGGAUUAGUAUUAUCUUUAAAAGAAUCUGUUGAAGCUGGAGUAUUGGAUGGAGAGAGGAAAUGUAUUGUCGACCAAAACUCAAAGGAAGUGCUGUCAGUGUCUGAAGCUAUUCAACAAAGAACUAUAGACUCUCGGGGACUGUAUAUACCACCUGAUUCAAAUGACCCAAUGCCUAUUCUGGAUGCUGUAGACAAAGGUUAUAUAAAAUUGGUUAGUGAAGAUGUUUCCUUUUCUGUACCUGGCAUCAAAGACACACUUACAGGUGAAACAGUGUCUGUUCCUGAGGCUCUUAAACGAGGAAUUUUGACAGAAAAGGGCACCAUCCUUGAUCGUAGGAGCAACCUUGAAAUGGUACUGCAAGAAGCUGCAAGAAGAAAUCUUAUCAGCAAACCUCUAAUGGAUAAUUUAUUGAGACCUUCAUCAUUAAAAGAUCAGUCAGGAAGAAAUAUUUCUGUACUACAGGGUUUAGAAAAAGGUAUCCUUGACCCUGAACAGGGCAUGAUCAGAGACCCUAAAACAAACAAAUCAGUCACAUUCCAAGAAGCAACAUCUCUAGGACUUAUUAACACAGAAAAUUCCAUGGAAAUCUUGGGACUUAUUAGUCCGUUGGUGACGUCAACUACCAUACUUACUCACAUUCAGCAAUCACCAACAGAAGUUGUGACUGCCAUGACCAUUUCAGAAGCUACAUCAAGAGGCCUUUUGAACUCUACAACCGGAGAAUUUACUGAUCCUUUGACUUCUAGAGUUAUGUCAAUCGAAGAAGCAAUAAAUAAAGGAUACUUGAUUUUGAGUGCUCAAUGGCCAGAAACACAACAUUCUCUAAAUAAGUCAUAUGAUGAAAUUGAUAAGUUAUCAAGACUAACCAAAGAAGAAUCAACUAAAUUCCAUGGUGGUGAACCUGUUGUUGAAUCUAGCUUUAUGACGAGGAAAGACAAUAACCAAUUCUCAUUCACAGCAACCAUGAUUUCCAAGCCAGUGGUUAACACAAAGAUGAUCUCUGAGACUAAGGAGAUGACUGUUAAAGCUGUUGUUGAUCCAAGAACUGGAAGAGAAAUGAGUGUGACUGAAGCUCAAGAACGUGGAUUGAUUGAUAUCGAGAGAGGCUUCUAUAGAGAUAUCACUGGUAAAACCAUGCCUAUUGUCACUGCUGUAGAUAGAGGCUUUAUUAUUGCAGAGAAGGGAGUUUAUGGGGACAAUUUGCUAAAUGGUGAACCUAUCAAAGAAACCAAAUCAUAUUCCAUAACUGGUGUCAUCCAUCCAAAAACCGGUAAAAGACUUCCAGUAAGUCAAGCUGUUAAAGAAGGAAUCCUUGAUCAAGACAAUGGACUGUACAAUGGAGUUGAUAAACUUGGCAGAUCAAUGCAGUUACCAAUAAGUGAAGCCAUUAAAAAAGGCUAUGUUAUUGCAGAAGAUAUCAGUUCCACUGUAUCCAUGCCAGGUUCUUUACUAAGGGAAACUAAAACUUAUAAUUUAAAGAGUGUCAAGCACCCAAGGACUGGAAGAAGCAUGUUGAUUCCUGAUGCAAUUGCUGAAGGAAUUAUUAAAGAAAAUGAAGGAAUCUAUAUUAACACUCUCACUGGUGAGAAACUACCCAUACAUGAGGCAAUUGAAAAGGGUUACAUUGAAGCUGAACUUGUGUCAGUCUUGUCUAAUACAGAAGGGGAUGUAAACAAGAUCACCACCACCAAGUUGACAACGUUAGCAGUUACAGCUGUAGUGGACCCAAGAAGUGGUAAACUUAUAACAGUUGCUAAAGCUAUUGAAGAUGGUAUUUUAGACAAUGGUAGAGGAAUUUACAAAGAUAUAGUCAGUGGUGAAACCAUGCCAAUUAAUGAUGCUAUUGAGAAGAAGCUUGUACUUACUGAAUCUGCAGAGUCAAAAGACAGUGAUAAUGAAUCAGAGGCAUCUUCUAUACACAGUAUCCACAUCACUGAAGAACAAGAAGAAUACCAGUCAACUUUUGUAGAAGACAUUUCUUCAGAGACUAUGUCAAUCGCCAUUAACAGUGUGGUUGACCCUGUUACUCAUGAACUGGUAUCGUAUGAUACUGCCAUAGAAAGAGGUAUUAUAGACAUUAAUAAGGGAGUAUAUUUGAAUGCCAAGAUUGGUGAACAAAUGACCAUCAACAAUGCUUUAGAAAAAGGUUUGAUCAAAGGAGAGGUGACAUCUAAGAUGAAAGAAGAAGAAACCUUUCAUAGUGCUGUGGUCACAGACACACCAACUCUUAGCGUGAAGAAUAUAACUUCUGUUAUUGACCCUAGAACUGGAGAUGCUCUAUCCAUCAAGAAAGCCAUAAAAGAAGGUUUGAUCAAUGUUGAUAAUGAAACUUUUUGGAAUACACGCACUGGAGAAGAAUUGGAUUUUGAUGAGGCCCUACGUCUUGGAUUUAUCCAAACUUCAAAACACUCUGAUGCUGCUGAAUUAGAAAAAUCAGUGGACUAUUCAGAAGAAGAACUUGAUCCCACAGUAUUACUAUCCAAGAGCUUUGACUCUGAAAAGCCCUGGUCAAAUGUAGACAUCAAAGUAGAAAAAUCAGUAUUGGAAGAAGCAGGAGAUUCUACUUUAGCUACAGAAGUUCUUCACUAUUCAACAGAUGUAGAGACAAGUACACAAGUAAGAAAAUCACCCAGAGAGACCUUCCCUCCAACAUAUUCAAAGCAGGAUUUCACAACACCAUUAAAUCUUAUUGAUGCUGUCAAGACUGGAAUAUUUUCAGAGUACUCUGGGAAAUACGCCAACCCAAACACUGGAAAACCAUUCACACUUUAUGAAGGACUGACAAACAACUUAAUUGACAAGUAUUUGGUAACUGUAAAGGACACAAAGACUGGAGAGAGGUUACCAUUAGAGAGAGCUGUACAAAUUGGUCUCAUUGAUGGAUCAACAAGUGAAGUUAUGGACAAAGCCGCCCGGAAACGUAUUUCACUGCCAGAAGCUAUAUCAAGAAAUAUUGUUCAAAAUGUGGUUGAUACGGAGUCUGGUAUGGUUACUGACAUUAAAUCUGGUCACCAGAUUCCAUUAAAUCAAGCUAUUGCUGAAGGCGACAUACCAUCAGAAUCGAUAUCAAUUUUAGACAAAAGUACUGGGGAACUUGUACCAAUGGAUGUUGCAUACAGAAAAGGACUUGUUGAUAGGAAGGGAAAUGUUCAAGACCCCACCAGAGGAACACAAAUGAGUGCCCAAGAUGCUAUUAAAUUUGGACUUAUGGCUGUAGUUGGAGCUCCCUUGAUAGCUGGUAAAAUGGUUGUUGAUGCUGUAAGAGGUGAUCCAGAUCAUGCAGUUGUUACAAGAAGAUCUAAGUCACCUGCCAGAUCAAAGUCACCAGCAAGGCCAAAAUCACCCUCUUCUCACAGAAUAUUUAAUGGCAACAAUGAAGAAGUGGUGAAACCUUCCACUACUAUCAUAUAUGCUAAAGCUGGUGACAAUAUACAGCCUUCUAAACCCUCUGAUUGGAAUACCAACUCUGAGGAAAGUUUUCAAUUUGAAAGCGACGACCGUAUACCACCGGUAAGUCCUUAUGUAGACCAGUCUCUAGGAUCUGCCACCUUUUCCUCUACAUCUAAAACUUGGUCUCAAAGUUCCGAGAUGUCUCCCAUGGUGAAGGGUUUUCAGCAUGUUCCUACUUUGAUAAUACCAACCAAUAUAGGUGUCUCAUCCCCUCUCUCCAGUUCUUUUCCCACAUUUUCCUCUAGUGAUAUAGAUGUAGAUUGGAAGUCAAAAAUUGUUACAAUCAAGUCCACUGGUGAAAAACUGAGUGUUACAGAUGCUGUCCAAAAAGGUUACUUGAACUCAGAUGUCCUGGAAAACAUAGCCCAAAACUCUGGUUUGCAACAAAAUCAAGACAUUAAAAUAGAUUGGGAAGCUGGAACAAUAGCAGACAUUCACUCUGGACAAAAAUUUACCAUAGAAGAAUCGUGUGAUAGGGGCCUGAUAGACAAACCAACAGCCUCUGCUUUACUGGCUAUUACUGGUGAUUUCCCUGGUACUACUACAUCUUCAAGACAAACUACUAAGACUGUUACCACUGAUUUCAAACCUUUGACUGGUAGAUCUGUCACUGUUAACCAAACAUUAUUAUCAACAAACAAUCAAAAUGACUUGUCUCGAGGAACCACAAUAAUUAAACAUGUAACAGGCUGUCCAAAAAUAUCAUUAAAUCAAGUAGUAGCAGAAAACCCUGCAGUAGCUGCUACUGGAAAAAUUAUAGAUCCUAACACAGGCAGAAGAAUGUCCAUUAAAGAAGCCAUAGAAAGUGAUGUAAUUGAUGGUCUUAGAUCAGUUGUUGUUGAUCCAAACAGUGGUGAACGAAUUACUCUCCAAGAUGCCAUAGAAAGGAAUAUUGUGGAUACCAAAACUGGUCAUUUUAGUCAUGGUGGAACUGACGAAAAAAUAACUCUACAGGAAGCAUUUAUAGAGGGUUUAAUACCAGAAAUUGACAUCAACUCAAGCACAUUAUCAUCAAGUGGUGUUGGUACUGGUGGCUCCUUAAAGAAAGUUGUGACCAAAAUGGAAAAAAUUCGUCCAGAGAUUACACUUGAACAAGCUUACCAGCAAGGUCUUAUAGAUGUUAGCAGUGGUACAUUUACAGAACCUACAACUGGACAUGUAUUGCCAAUAGCUGCUGCCAUACAAAGUGGGUGUAUUAUUUCUGGUCAUGAAGAAUCAAAAUCAACUGUGCACCAUACCAUACAACAAUCUAAGCAAUCAGGUGUUGUUCACAGGAACAAAAACAAUAGCUCAGCUGAUCCUAUGAAUAGACUCUCAUUUGCUGAAGCCUUAAACCAAGGAUAUAUUGACUUGCAUGAUAAGAAAUAUACCGAUCCAAACACUGGGAAUAGAAUUGCUAUCUUGGAUGCUGUUCAGCAACAACUUCUUGAUACAUCACAACCUUUAGAACAAUCACAAGGAGCCAUGCAAAGAAGUUUACAAACUGCUAUAGAUGAAGGCAUACUGGAUGACAAGAGCAAGAGAAUUAUCGACCCUCAAACAGGCAAAAAUGUUACUUUCAAAGAAGCUAUAAACACCGGCAUAAUUGAUAGUAAAUACUCCUUUUAUGACAUUAAAUCUGGUGAAGUUUUUAAUCUGCGAGAAGGAAUGGACAAAGGCAAAAUUGAUUCAACAACUGGUGAAUUUAUUGGUGGUUCAACUCGCCAGUCAUUAAAAGAUGCUGCUAAAUUUGGUGCCUUAGCAGUGAUUGGAGCCCCAGUCCUAGCUGGUAUGGCUGUUAAAGAUGGAGUGAUGUCAGCGAUCCAAAAAGCAAGAGAAAGGAAACAAGACAAAGAAAUUGUCUCCUUUCAAGCUACUACAGUUAAGCAGAUAUCACCCCAGACUUUGGAGAUCACAGAUAUGACACAAUCUACUCCUGCUGCUGAUUCUAAUUUAGAUGCUGUCAACAUGAUGGAAGCUGUUUCUGCAGGUUUUCUAAAUACGAAAACAGGAUUUUAUAAAGUGCCUAGUACCAGUCAGGAAAUACCUUUGAUGGUUGCAGUUGAAAAGGGUUAUAUUAAAAACAACUCUGUUUUGAUAAAGGAUCCAGAUUCACAGAGGACCCAUGACCUCAAAGAGGCUUAUCAGCAAAACAUAAUUGAUGCAAUGGGUCAUCUGAAAGGUGAAAGAGGUCAAGCCAAGUCUGUGGAUCAAUUAAUCAAAGAUGGAACUAUUGUUGAAGUCAGUCCUGAAAACCAAACAACAUUGAAGACAUUUAGUAAGAGCACCAGCCAAGUGAAUGUAGAAUCUGUCCGUGAUCCAAGGACAUCAAAUCUUAUUAGUUUGGACUCCGCUAUACACCAGGGAAUAGUUAAACCUGAAAAGAACCAAUAUCUAGAUCCAUCUUCAGGGUUAACAUUACCAAUAACUGAUGCCUUAGAGAAAGGUCUUAUUAAAGGAUCUGUAACAGAAUGUGUAAUGUCCAAAGAAGGAAAAACAAAACAGGGAUUUAUUGCUGAAGUCGCUGUAACUGAAAAGAAAACCUUACUGGUUCAGUCCAUCAAAGAUCCCAUGACUGGAAGAGACUUAUCAUUACCAGAAGCAGUGCACAUGGGUAUUAUCAGCAAAGAUGGAAGCAAAUAUUUUGAUGCACCUUCAAAUGCUGUAAUGCCCAUUGAAACAGCUAUGAACAACAACUUAAUGGUUGCCAGAGAAGUAUCAGCGGAACGAGAAACCAACGAACGUUAUUCUAAAUCAUUCGAGGACACUUUGACUCAAACCAAAUCAUUCCAAGUUCAAUCAGUGAUAGAUCCAGUAUCAGGACAACAACUAUCUGUUCCAGAAGCAAUAAACAAAAAUGUCCUUGAUGUACUUGGUGGUUGUGUGAAAAAUAAGAGAACUGGUGAAACAGUGGCUAUUUCUGAUGCAUUGAAAGAGGGACUUCUUAUUGCAAGUGAAACAUCCAUUUCCCCGAAAUCAGAUUUGGCCUCCAAGAGACAAUCAGUAUAUGAUCCUGGCAGUGAAGAUUUCUUGAAUUGGUCUGAAGCUGUUGACAAAGGACUAUUAAAUGUAUCAACAGGAAUGUAUAAGAUUUCUGAUUCUGAAUCCAUGUCAAUAAUUCAAGGCGUAAAACAAGGCCUGAUUCAAACUGACUCUCUGAAUCAAGAUAUGACAGCUGCACAAAGAAGAAAAUCGUAUGAUAUAACAGCUGUCUUUGAUUCAAUGAAAGGGAGAAAUGUAUCAGUCCACGAAGCUGUAGAUACUGGUCUUUUGAAUCUUCAAACUGGUACCUACAAUGAUCCUAAAAAAGCUGAAAUUUUAAGUGUUCAAGAUGCCUUCAAGAAAGGUCUUAUUAGAGGUUCAUCAACUGAAUUUGUUCCAAAACAUGAACAAUCGGAAGAAACAAUACCAAUUAAAAACCUUGUUGACACCAGAACAAGGGAAAUUAUUUCAAUAGAUCAAGGUAUUGAAAGAGGCAUAAUAGAUAGAAAUUGUACCAAGUACCUUGAUCCACUAACAGGAGAAUCAAGUAGUGUAUUUGAUGCUGUAAGAAGUGGAAUUAUAGCUGUUGAUGAGACUUCAGAAAUACCAAUUUUAACAUCCGUAGUCCAGAAAUCAAUGAAUAUUACUUCUGUUAUAGAUCCAUCAACUGGACAAGAACUUCCUCUAGCAAAAGCCAUUGAGAAGGCAGUAUUUGAUCCCGAAAAAGGCUUAGUCAUCAACCAAAAAACUGGGGAUAAAAUAGAUGUUGAAAGAGCUGUUCAAGUAGGGUUGAUAUCAGCAAAUACAGAAGAAGGACAAAGACCACAGGAGUUUGCAGUAGUCAAAGGAUUCAUUGUCACCUCAGUUAAAGACCCUUCAACUAUGCAAGACUUAUCAAUAAGCAAUGCGAUAAAACAAGGCCUACUGGAUACCAAACAUGGUCAGUUUUAUGAUCCUAAGACAAAGAAGGUCUUAACUUUGCAAGAAGCAGCAGAUAGAGGAUACUUGGAUGCGAAAGAUGCAUCCAAAGCUGGUGUAUCUGAUAAAAAGAGACAAGAUUCUAUGCAGAUCAAUGUCACCUCUGUCAUUGAUACAUCAACUGGGAAACAAAUUGGACUGGAAGAAGCUAUUGAAAAAGGUCUUGUUGAUAGAAAUGUCACAAUUUUCACUGAUUUUAAGAAAGGAGAGAAGAUGAGUAUUGAACGAGCAAUGAAAACUGGACUUGUGUCUGGAUCUAUACAGACUAUCAGUACGACACAAACCACUGUUACCAACAACAAAUCUUCAUUAACUCACGAUGUUACUGGUGUAAUUGAUACUUCAAAUGGGAAUAAAAUCUCUAUAGAGCAGGCUCUUUCAGCAGGUAUUGUUGAUCCCAAUGGACAAUUUACUGAUACAAGAAGAGGAAUUCAGAUGUCAAUCAGUGAAGCCAUGAAACAAGGUCUUGUAUUUUCAGAUAUUAUCAAAUCAACAAGUGCCACCACACCAAAACAGUUGAAUACAACUAUGUCUUUUGAGAAAGCACUAUAUGAGGGAUAUAUUGAUACAAAAUCUGGACUCUUUAAAAACCCUGUCACCAAACAUCAAUACAGUGUGGAUGAAGCUGUCAGAGUUGGCCUUCUUGUAGAUGAAAAUGGUCAACCUUAUAGUUAUGGAGGAAUUUCUAGGAAGGGAAUAACUUACAGUUUUGCAAAUGCCUUACAAGUAGGACUAAUUGAUCUAUCAAAUGCUUUAUUUUGGGACUCUGUAACUGAUAACAAUAUAAAGAUCAAAGAUGCCUUAAAUCAAGGAUUACUGUCGCCUAUAGCAGGGAAUUUUGGUGGAAGAUCUGAUGGUGAAUCAGUUGUUAUAUUGAAAUCUGGAUCUACUUCCAUGCCAGUUGAUAGUAUGAAGAUUAUGGAUCCUUCUUCUCUCAGUGAUGCAAAAGAAAAAGGACUUGUGUCAGUCGUUUCAUCAGUUUCCAAACCAACAGUCACUGAUGCAUUUGUGAGUGGACUUGUUGACAAAGAUACUGGCAACUAUCAUGAUCCUGCCACAGGAAAUGUAAUUUCUAUUGAUGAAGCUGUCUUGUGUGGUUUUUUAUCAGUUGAAAAAUCCUCCACUAAUGGACACACAGUUUCACCAGUAUCAGAGGAAGAAACAAAAUCUCUGACAACUGCUAUUUUAGAUGGUACCAUUGAUACUGACAAAGGCAUGUACAUGGAUGAAAAUUUAAGAACCAGCAUAACAGUCACUGAAGCUCUCCACAAGGGGUUGAUCAUUCCCUCCAUGAAAUCUGAUGGCCUAUCUAAAGAUGAUGUACAACAUAAAGAUGAGAUAACAGUAGUAACAGAGGGGUCUCCAUUCAAACCAAAGAAGGAAGUUGUUAUCAAACAUGGAAAAGUGGUUUCAAAAACAGAUACAGAAAUUAUUGUGACCACUGGAAGUGCAACAUACACUACAAAACCAGGGUUUUCUAUGAGUUCUACAGGACACGUUAUUAACCUUUCUACUGGUCAGCGUAUGUCUAUUCCAGAAGCUAUAGGUGCUGGUAUUAUUGAUACUGAAGAAGUUAGUGGUGCUGGUGAGGUUCAGGUCACAGGAAGUGUGAUUCCUCCUGACCUCAACAGUUCCUCAUCAGGAGUGAUGGGUAUUAAUACAAAAAAAGAUAAACUUUCCACCAGUGACACAAAAAGCUGUCAUUCUGAAGAUAAAGAUAAUGCUGUAUUGUUGGAUGGAACUCAUGUCAAUAGUAGACAGAUGAGAGUCAUUGAUAAUGAAAUAUUGGAUGAAUCAGUGACAGUGUUAGAUCCCCAUACUUUGAACAAUUCUAAUCUUGAUACUGACUUUCAAUCAAAUUCAAAAGCUAACAUCACCAAAAAGGCAACAACAAAGAACACAAAUAUCUCACUAGGUGAAGCAUCAGCCAUUUUGCAGACUGAUAAGAUCUUAGUACAACAUAGUUCUACAGAUAAAAUGAGAACUGUUACAGAUAGUGUUAUGGAGGAAAAUGAUAUUGUUUUGAACUCAAAUGAGCUUCAGAAUAAUCAUAGGAUCAAAGAUAGUAAUAGGGUUAUUCCAACAGAAGUGUUAUCUGAACAAGUUAGUAUGUUACAAUCUGACAGUGUUACCGAUAAUAAAAAAUUAAAUGGAAACUUAUCUUCAAUGACGAUAGAGGAUGAUCAGUUAUACUCCUAUACAAAAAAUUUAUUACUGAACUUUUGGGAUAGAGACGCUUGUAAAUUGAUAAAUCCCAAAACGGGUAAGAAGAUAACUAUUGAUGAUGCAAUCUCAUCUGGAAUAAUACCUUACAACAUCCAUAUCAAACAGUUUGGUGCUGAGAUCAUCACCUUAAGUGAUGCUUUGGAAACUGGUCAAUUGGACAGAAAGACUGGUUGUGUUAUAGACAUGAACACUGGCAAUGUCCACUCCUUCAUUGAUGCCAUAGAUCGUGACUUAGCUUUGAUAAGCCGAAUCAGUGAUGUUGCUGUUAUUGAAAAUCUAUCUGACAUUGUUAGGAAAGAAUUGGGUGAUGGUCUGUUCAAGCUUCUAGCUGACAAUCAAAUUACCGUUUCAAUGAAAAUUCUAGAUAGAAGAACUGGUAGAAAGUUGUCUCUUCCAAGUGGCAUUAAGCAUUCUUUACUGUCAUCUGAAACUGCAAAUAUCAAGGAUACAGUGUCAGGAAAAUGGAUGAACUGGAUUGAAGCCAAACAGCUGGGUCUAGUUUAUGAAAAUAAACCUAUUACUCUUCACCGAUCUGUAAUUUCUCAUGUCUACAAUCAAUUGCUGGAAAGAUUCUGUGAACCAGGUAGCUUUGCUAAACAUGUUACGCUUGAUGAGAUGUUGCGUAAAGGUCAUAUCAAAAGCUCAGAAGAAGAAAUCUUUAGUUUUGAGGAUGGACGUUGGAUUUCUGUUGUUGAAGCCAUAGAAAAAGAUGUACUUGAUCCAGUUAGAGCCAGAUAUUUUCAUAAGAAACUAGGAAAACGAAUUGCCUUACAUGAUGCUGUUGAAGCUGGUCUUAUUGAUGAAUCCAACACAAAGAAUCUGGCAAAGUGUGUGACUUUGGUCAAUGGAAAUGCAGAACUGUCAUUGACUAAAAUUCCAAAUAAGGUGUUCCCAGUGAAUAUUUUUGAGGCUUUGAAAUAUAAAAUUAUUGACCCAGUAACUAGUGAAAUCACCCAAUGUAAGCAAUCAAAGAUCACCUUUAUGGAAGCUGUUGAUAAGAAAGACAUUUUGAUAGAUAAUUGUUUUGUUGUGGACAGGAAUACCGGUUUGGUGUAUUCUUUUACAGAAUCAUUAAAUCUUGGUUUAGUAGAUAAAGAUACAGGAAGCGUUUAUGAUACAUUUACUGGAGAUAAAUAUAGUAUUGUUCAUGCCUUUCAACAUGGUCUUAUCCAAAAAUCACCUCAUCCUUAUCUGCCUUUAAUAAUAGCAUCACAGAUUGGAGUUUUUGACCCCGACGAAAAGUGCGUUGUCCACCCUGUUUCCAAGAAAACUAUGUCAUUAACUAGUGCUAUAGCAGAAGGAAUAAUCGACCCAGCUUCAAUGUUGAAGACUCCAGACCAGGAGAAAAUAACCUUACAAGAAGCUGUAACCCAUGGAAUUUUAGAUGUAGAAACCUUAAAACUAGAGUUCAAUACUGGUAGGAGGGUGUCACUAUCUCAAAGCAUUGGAUUGAAAAGAAUGACUCCAAGAUCAUCUAUAGAUUUUGGUAGUCGAAAGUCAAGUUUGACCUUAGAUGAAGCAAUCAGCAGUGGCUUGUAUGAUCCUGUAUCAAAUUCUUUAAUGAAGGAUGACAAAUUAUAUUCUUUACCUGAAGCUUUACAAGAAGGACUGAUUCACACAGAUUCACUUGUACGGGAUCCUUUUGGUGGAGAUAUUCUUACCUUGGCUGAAGCAUUGGAUAAAAGGAUUAUUGAUGCUGAAUCUGGUAAAAUGUUUGAUUCUAGUUGGCAGCCUAUAGCCUUGAACUUUGCUUUUGAAAAAGGAUUAGUCUUGCGCUCAAAGGCACCUUUGAACCUAUCACUGUCUGAAGCUCUUGAUGAAGGGUUAUUCAAUGUUUCGUCAAAUAGUUUUAUUGAUCCUGAUACAAGUCGUGAAAUUGACUUCAGCAGUGCUUUAGAUCUUGGACUUCUGAGUGGUAAUCUCAUUAAGGUGAGGAACACAAGUACUGGAGAAGUUGUAGCAUUUAAAGAUGCAGUUAAUUCAGGACUGUUAGAUCCUGAAACUGGACUAUGUGUAAAUGCUUCAGAUGGGGAUCAGUUUACAAUAAUUGAUGGUAUGGAUAAAGGUAUUAUCUUGGAUUCGUCCAGUCAACCAGCUGUGAGCCUUCAAGAAGCUAUAGAUGAGGGAAUUUUAGAUCCAUCCUCUUGCAGCUUUAGAGAUCCAGUUUGCGGCUUUAAUCUUCAAUUGGAAGGAGCAAUGGAAGCUGGCCUUUUAGACAAAAACUCUGUUUUGGUGAGAAAUGUAGUAGAUGAAACAAUUUUGACUUUAGAAGGAGCCAUUUGUCAAGGUAUUCUCAGUUCAAAGGAUGGGACAUACGUAAUGCCAAAUCAGGACGUUUUAUCGUUUGCUGAAGCUAUGGAGAAAGGGGUUAUCUUCUCUGAUGUAAUAGUCAAUGAAAAAACACUAUUGGAAUUGGUUCGUCAAGGCAUGUACAAUGAUGAAACAGGGAAAUUUACUGAACCAUCUACUGGAAGAACAAGAACAUUACAAGAUGUUGUCAAGGAAGACCUGACAGAUACAGCCACAAUAAGGAUUCUGGAUAAUAGUACCAAAGAAGUCCUAUCCUUUGAAAAAGCUCAAGAAAAACAGAUUUUGGAUAUGAAACUUUCAGUUAUUGUUGAUACAGCAACAAAUGAGAUGUUAAAUCUGAAAGAAGCUACCAAAAGAGGACUUAUUCAAGAAAGUGUCAGUAGUUGCAAUCUUGAUUUUGACCAAGCAGUUAAAACAGGAAUCCUUCAAUCUAACACUGGAUUUAUUAUUGAUCCAGUAUCAAGGAAACUGAUCAGUGUACAGGAUUCCAUAGACCUUGGUUUAAUUCAGACUGAUCGUCUACUAACAAAGAUUCCAAACAGUAUGGAUUACCAAUUGUUUGAUACAGCUAUUGAAAAUUGUGAUGUAUUCAUAGAAGAAAACCAGUUGGUGAUGGCUCGCUCUGGAUAUGGUAUUGAUGUAUCAGAUGCUAUCAACAGUGGUGUGUUAAUAAACAUUCCAAAAGAAGGAUUUACCCUUUCUGAAAUUGUCAACACCAACAUAUAUGACAGUUUCAAUGAAAGAAUAAAGGACCCUUUAACCGGAAAACUUUGUACUCUUAAAGAAGCUGUUGACACAGGUCUGGUUGAUGGAAACUUGCCACAGAUUGAGGUCUCUGAAGUUGGAAAAUUUUCACUCAAAGAAGCUCUAGACAAAGGACUAAUAGAUCCUGCCAGUGGACGAUAUUUAGCUUCUGACAAACCUCUGGAUAUUAAAGCUGCCUUAAUGGAAAUGAAAGUGGAUAAUAUCAUUACGAUCCCAUCUUUCGAACCAAUCGGAAUGUGUAUUAAAUCCCCUCCUAGUCGAAAGAAUGAUCUUGAAAAUAUUAAAUCAUUAUUGGAUAUGGAAGGUACCUAUGUUUUGGACACUAAUUCUGGUGAAUAUGUGGCUCUAGAUCAGGCCUCUUCCAAAGGGUUGGUGGACUUCAAUACCAAAACAAUUCUUGACAACAAAUCUGGUCAAAAUCUUUCCUUCAAUGAUGCUGUGAAAAAAGAUAUUCUUAUUGACAAAACUGGUCUCUAUAGACUUUCUCCAACCUUCAAAGAAACCAACAAAGAGUCUGCAAAUGGAAACGAAGAGAUGCGUAUCAAAGAAGUGAAAAGAAAGCCAAAGCUACCCAUUGAUCCAAAGCAGUACAUGAUUUCCAAGGAAAAUCUGAGAUACUAUUUAAAAGUCAAUGAUGAUAAAGAAGACAGAAGUUUAUCAGACAACGAAUCCUACAACAAAACCAGCUUACAAAGAGAAUCUAUGAGAAGAAGUUUGAGUUUAAGUGUAUCAAUUCAAAGUCCUGAUAGUAAUGAAGCAGAAGCAAGUGUUGUUCCUAGAUCUUUACCAGAUAUAACGAAAGACAAUAUUUGGGGUUCACCAGAAAAAGAUUUGUCUGCAUCUCUUGAUACACUUAUUGAAAAUGCUCUACGUAAGCAUAAAUCUGGACCAAGACCCAUAACUUUAUUCGAAGCUAUCAAUCAAGGUCUUUAUAAUGAUAAAGAUGGCACAUUUACAGAUCCUGCUACAGAUGAAAUAUUGUCUUUGACACAAGCAAUACAAAAUGGACUCAUUGAUGAUGAAAAGAGAGGAGUCAUUUCACCAAGCACUAAUAAACCUGUAUCACUAAAAGAAGCUAUUGCUUUGAAAAUCAUCAACCCACAAAAUGGAAGAUUCCAUGACAGUGUGUCUGGUAAGGAGUUGACCCUUAAACAGGCCAAAGAUGUUGGUUUUAUACUGAAGGAUAAGGAUCUGUCUAAAUCAAUGGUUGAAAUUUAUGUUGAGGACAUUUCAUCAUCAGACUCAUCAUCUACUGGAAGAAGGAAACUUGAAGAAGCAUUUGCCUCUGGAGUAUUGCACAGAUCAAAUUCCCAAGUUAUUGACCCAGAUUCAGUCCAACCUAUGACUUUAAGAAGAGCAGCUAGUCUUGGAAUGAUAGAUGUAAAAAGUGGAGACUUCAAGAAUCCUCAAACUGGAGAAUGUAUGUCACUAACUGAUGCAGUUGAUAGAGGGUUCAUCUUAAGUCCUACUGGUUUGACUUUGUACAAUACCAUUGAGCAGGGUCUCUAUAAUGUAAAUAAUGGAAGAUUUUAUGAUCCUGGCAGUGGAGAGGAACUUAGUCUAAAAGAAGUCAUGGCAGCAGGAAUAGUGACUGGAAUGUGUUCAGAAGUCAAAGAUUUAUCACAGGAAGGAAUAAUCACUCUGUCAGAAGGGAUAAAAAGAAACAUCAUUGACGACACUUUGGGAAAGUACUACAACCAGAGGUCAAAGAAAAGUCUGAAUUUCAAUGAUGCUGUCAUAGCUGGUUUAAUUGUUAACUGUGGGGCCCGACCUGGAGAUGCUUCACCGAAUAUCCCUUCUUCACCAUUACCAUCUCCAUCAAGAGAAUUUCCUCCUGCUUUACCAUGUGAUAUCAAGUCUGGAAAUUUUCUUUCUGCUCCUCAGCAUGUCAAAGUAGAUCAAAAGAAGAAAGAUGCAGACAAGAUCAGAAUGGUUGUAAGGAACAAAGACACCCAAGAUAGUGGCAUGGAAGAAACAUGUACUGAAGACUUACAGACUAAUGUAAAAAAGGAGAUAAAUGAUGAUAUCCAAAUAAGAUCUGCUCCAGAUAUAGAUCAUGUAUCUGAUGUCACAACAGAUCAACAUUUGAAAAUAAAACUGGAGGAAUCAAAGGAUAUUGAAAUCCAGUCUAAAGUCAUACCUGAAGAUAGUGGCAGAAUGACAAAUGGAACUGAAAGAUCGAAGGGAAACAUCAAGAAAUCUACUAAGGAUAUACCAUUAGUUCCUGAGACCUCUGAUGACUCAAAAGUAAUACAGAAAAACAAGAAAGAUGAUCCUUUGUUAUCCUCAAAUGCUGAGUCUAAUUCAUCUAUCAAAAAUAUUUCUAAAGAUAAAAAACAAAAACCAGAUUUGCCACCAAAACCAAGUUUGAAUAAAGCUCAAAAGAUAAAAACUCCCAGCACUGAACAUGAUAAAAAUGAAUCUUCUAUCAAGACAGUUAAAGGAAAGCCAGAACUACCACCAAAACCUUGUAGUUCACAAACAGUCAAAGAUGUUAAGAAACCUGCCAGCAUCAAGCAGGUUGAUUCUGACUUGAAAGACCCCAUUGUUACUGAUCAAAAUGGACAUAUAUUGAUAGAUGAAAUCAAGAAAUCCACAGGCACAACUCAUAAUAUUGUUGCAAAUUUUGGUCAACCUCUGAAAGAUCAAGGUGACACUAGUAAAGAUGCUUCUCCAGCUACCUUUGUUAUCAGUGAAAAUUCUUCAACCCUGGAUGAAAAGCAAAAUAAAUCCAAUAUUGAUGGUCCCCUAAAACCUUCAUCAACUGCCAUUGAGCUGAAAAAUAAAAUUUCUCCAAAACCAAGAUUACCAGAUAUGGUUAAAAACAUACCACAAAAGCUUCCUGAGGUUGAACAACCUCCAUCUUCAAAUUCAGGAGUGACAGUAUCUUUGUUUGAUAAUAAAGAUUUACCAAUAAACAAUAAGCAAGACACCAAAGUGGCUAAGGGAUCUUUAACACAACAGUUUGAUGGUGUACCAGUAAAUUCUUCUAAACAUGUGAACAAGCUUGGUGAUGAUUCAAAAGAUGUUCCUCUAUCUGAUGAGAAAACAUUGAGUGGACACACUGCUGAGAGUGGGAUGAAACAAAACAAAACUGAUGCUGUUCACAGUCCCAGGGACAUAGCAGUAAAACUAAGUGAAACUGAUAAGUCAAGAUCUCAUGAACCUCUGAAAGGCUGCGAGGUAGACCAGAGGGAGUCAACAGAGGAACCAGCCCUCCCAGUGCUUGAUGGUAGAACAAACUCAACUGUGCUUGAACACUCCCAUAAAGUAGGAUUUUCUGAUAUCAAGUCAUCAUCUACAAUGGAAGACUUCACAGAUGGAAUAAACAAUAAAGAUCCUCUUUUAAAACAAAAUAAAUUUUCAUUUGUGGUUCCUGAUGAGAGUGACAUAAAAAAUAAACCACAAAAUGUUCCUGCUGUGGAAACUACUUCUAACGAACCAGUGUCCUGUGUUAAAGGCAAAAAGAAAUCAAAAGCCAAGAAUGUGAAGUUUCAUCCAUCAGUGAAAUUUGAUGAUUCAUCACACAAUGAAGAUAAAAGUAACAGAGUACCACAAAUAUCAAAACUUUCCCUGAAAGGUCUACCAUUAGAUAAAACCAGAAUGGUUGUGGAGAGUGAUACAGAGGUCAGCACACCAGAAGGAGAAGUUAACAAAGCUACAGAACUACUAUUUAAAAUGAAUCUGAAGGCAGGCAUUACAGCUAGAGAAAGACGCAAGGGUAGAUUAGCUGACUCUUUUGAUAAGCUGAUACAAGAUUUAAAUAAUGAAUUAAAUAGAAUUGCUGAUAAGGAACAAAUUUUGAAAGAUGAUGAACAAAUGGCUGAUGAAGCUUACAAACUUCAAUCUCAGUUGGAAGCAUAUAAGGCUGUUCAUAAAGAGAUUGAUGGAAUUAAACAACCUAUACUAUCAUUGGUUUAUCAAGCUGAACAACUUACAGAACAUUAUCAGGAGGAAUUGGUACCAGAACAAGUUACAGAAUUACAAGGCAUGGCUGCAAGUACCAAAACAGCAUUGGAAAAGCUGGUUAAGUCAGCUGAUAUCCGGCUGAAACAUUUGAACACAGCAUCUGAAGAACUACAGAAGUUUGAAGAUGAAUCUAAUAAGUUUAAGGUUUGGAUGACUGGAGCAGAGAGAGAAUUAGAUAGACAAGAAGAAUGUCUACAAAGAUUUGAAGAUCUGAAACCUCUGGCUGAAAAACAGAAGACCUUACUAAAUGAUGUUGUAUCUCACCAAGCUGAUGUUAGAUUUAUGGCAAUGGCUUCACAGAAAUACAUGGAAGAAGCCAAGUUAUACAAACUGGAAAUCGAUGCAUUUAAAGCAGAUAGAUUACGUCCAACUCGACACAGUCUGAUUAGUAUGAAUGAUCUGGAAGCUGAAUCUGUCAGAGAUGAACUGAAAGACAUCACCACCAGACACCAUGAUCUGAAAACCAAAGUGCAAGGUUUUGGUGAGCGACUUACCAACCUAGCUACAAAACAAAAUGACUACAAUGAAUCAGCUUUCAAAAUGCUGACAUGGCUGACUGAAGCUGAAGAAGAACUGUCUUCCAUUAAACAUGAUAGUGGUUCCCCAGUACCAGAGAAACUCAAGGCACAACUUGAUAGACUCAAAUCACUUAGUAGUGACUCUCUGAGCCAAGCUGGUCUCUUUAAUGAUACCCAAAAGAAAGGAGGAGAUCUUACAAACUGUCUCAGUGGCAUUUCAGCCGAUCCUAGUCAAAUCCAAAAGAUGCAGAAAACCAUGAGAGAUAUCUCUGAUAGAUAUGAAUCUGUUACCAAAGAUGUUAAAGAUCAAACCAACAAGAUGCAGGCAGCUAUUACCAAAUCCCAAGGUGUCCAAGAAGCCAUUGGUGGUAUCCUUAAUUGGGUCAAUGAAAUUGAUGAAACUGUGAGCAAUCUGGAGCCAAUUAGCUUACAUAAAGCCAAACUAAAUGACCAAGUUCAGCAAUUUAAACUGGUGGAAGCUGAUGUGGACAACCAUAAGUCAAGCAUUGAUUCAGUCAAACAGAAAGCCAAUGAUCUGAUAAAGAAUUGUGAUCUGGAAAUGGCAAGAUCUCUAGAACAACAAAUUGGUUCAGUUGACAAGAAAUACAAAGGAGUUAAAACAAAAUGUCAGAAUAGAGACAAAGAUCUUGAUGAUAUUUCUGGAAAACUUUUAAAAUUCAAUGAGGGUCUGGAGGACACAACCUUUUGGUUGGAUGAAAAUAUUGAGAAUCUUAAGUCCAAAGAAUUGAGUAAAUUACCAGGUGAUGAAUUAACACAUGAACUGCAAAAGAUCGGAUCUCAGAAGAAGACUCAGAAACGAGCAUCAGAUGACCUUCAGAAAUUGGCAAAAGACCUUACUCGAGACAAACGCACUGGAGAAACAGGAACUGUUGAUGAUGCAGUAUCUAAGUUAGAUGAACAGUGGGCUGAGUUUGACAGUUUGUAUGCUGACAAGGAACAAGAAGCUAAGGAUAAAGAAAAGAAAGGCAACGAGUUUGAGCAUGCCAAGAAUAUACUUUUAUUAUGGUUGAAUUCUAUGGAAUCUCAGAUUGAUGGGUUUGAACCAGUUGGUAUUGAUAUUGAUACAGUUGAAGCACAGAUUCAACAACUAAAGCCUAUGUUAGAAGAGUUUGAACAACAAGAACCUAAUAUAGAUGAAAUAAAUGAUCUUGGCAAUGCAUUUGAAACUUUACAAGCUCCUGAUAGGCCAAUGAGUCCUAUAAGAAGACGUAUUGGAUCUAGAAGAAUCUCAGGAUUAUUAUCCCCAAAAUUAAGAUCACCAUCACCUAAUAUGUUCCCAGGUGCUACUAGUCCAUUAUCUAGUGAGUCUAGUGGUAUCAGCAGUAGGAAGAGUUCUUCGGAUUACCUUCUCCUCGAUGAUUUAACAGAAACUCAACAACAACUAAUGGAUAUUAACCAGAGAUAUGAUAUUAUUGGAGAAAGAUUAGGAGAUAGACAUCAAGAACUACAGAAUCUCUUGGGAUCUAUUAAAACUUUCUUACAAGACUUACAAGAUAUGUUAUCCUGGUUGGAUAUUAAAGAUAGAGAGGCCAAUUACCAGAGUGAUAUACCUACUAAUGAAAAAGAUGCUAAGAAGAAACUUCAAGGACAUGAGUUAUUCCAUCAUGAAUUACUUGGUAAAGAAGCAUUAGUUGAAGAUAUUAGAAGAAAAGCUCAGGAUCUGAUUAGAACUAAACAAGGUGUACCAGGAUUAGAUACCUUACAGACUCAACUCUCACAAUUAGAUGAUAAAUGGCAUGGAUUAAGAGCCACAUCUGAACAGAGACGUAAAAGUUUAGAAGAUAUGGUAACUGAUUUAAGAGAUCUUCGUGAACAUGGUGACCAACUACAAAAAUGGUUAACCCAGAAAGAAAAGAUGUUGGAUGUACUAGGACCAAUGGCUAUUGAACCAGUUCUUCUAGAAAACCAGUUGGAUCAAGUUAAGGUUUUAAAAGAAGAAUUUACUGAACAGGAGCCGCUAUUUGAUCGAUUCAUUCAAUCAGGACAUUCAGUCAUGGAUAAAUGUCGCCCUAAUUCUGUAGAUUCUAAUACAGUUGGUCGAAAGAUUGAUGGUGUCAGUAAAUCCUGGGACAAACUUCAUGAUAGACUUAAAGAACGAGAGAAAUCUUUAAGCUCACUCGGUGGUAUUGGUGCAGAAUUCUCAGACUUAACCAAAUCUUUAGGUGGUUAUUUGGCUGAUGUCAGUGAUCACUUAGACAGUCUUCAACCAGUCAGUGCAUCUCCUGAACAAUCCAGAAAACAGAUGAAAGAGAUCAUGGAUCUUAGCAAUGGGUUAUCUCAGAAGAAAGGUGAAUUAAAGAAGGCUAAAGACCUGUGUAAGAAAUUAUGUGAUUGUACUAAAGAUCCAUCCACCAAGUCUGAUGUCAAAAACAAAAUGGCUGCUCUUGAGAAAGGUUUCAAUGAUAUCAACAAGAAAGUUGAUUCCAGACUCUCAGCUCUAGAUAAUGCUAGUCGAGAGGGUGAGAAAUUCCAAGCUGAAUGUAAUAAUGUGUUAGAUUGGGUACAGGAUAUGACCAAAAAUCUGAAAAACCAGGAACCAUUGUCUGGUGAAAGAGAUGUGUUUCAACAACAAGUUCAAGAUUUUAAGAAUAUGCAACAAGAAAUUGCUGUCAAAUUGCCAGAAAUAAGAGCAAUGCUGGAGAAAGGAGAUAGAAUUCUUGAAGAAGCCAUGCCUACCCCAGAUAUGAGAGAACUUCAAGAGAAACUACAAACUAUUGAGUCAGAUUGGGACCAGAUUAAAGCCAUUGCCAAUGUUAAACAAGAUCAAGUUGCUGAAGCUUCAGAUCAUUCACAAAAAUUCCAUGAUAACUUGGAUAAGAUGCUGAUGUGGUUGAAACUAGCAGAAGAUAAACUAGAGAAAACCAAGCCAGGCAAACUAGAUAAAGCAACCGUGAGCAAGAAGUUGAAGGAAAUUCAGGCCUUACAGAAUGAGGUGCUGAAGAAAUCACAUGAUCAUGAUACUUUUAAUCGGGAAGGUGAAGCUUUAUUAGAUUGUGUAAAAGUUGGUAGAGGACCUAUUGAAGAUGGUAUGGAUGAGGUCAACAAAAGAUGGGAAGUUCUCAACCAAGAUAUUGCUGAAAAGGCCCAAGAUCUAGAAGACAUUCAACUACGCCUAUCAGAAAUCUCAGAUAAUAUGACUGAUGCCAAUAACCAUCUGAAGAAAUGGGAAGAUAAACUGGACACUCAUCUUAAACUGGGAGCCAGUGCCAAAGACCCAAAACAUGUUGAUAAAAUUAGAACUUUACAAGAUGAUGUUCAAGGUUUAAAUGGUCAGUUAGAUUAUCUAGAAGCAUUAGUUAAUGGUGUAACAUCUGAUAGAGGAGCAGAGACCAGAGCUUUAGAAGCAGAAGUUGAUGAUUUAAAACACAGACAAAAGAAAUUAUUAGACAAUAUAGAUGAUAUGCUGAAUGCAAUGGAAUCUGGUUCUCAAAAUCUUGCUGAAUUCCAAGCUUUGUUGAAAGAUGCUGGUGGACAGCUAUCUGAUCUGGAAGAUGAUCUUAAUAAGAAGGAUCCCAUUGCUAGAGAUGAACGUGUUCUAGAUGGACAGCUUCAAGACAUGGAUAAUUUCCUGGUAAAUAUAAGUGAUAAAGAGCAUGCCAUAAGAGACCUAGAAAAUAAAGGAAAGGAGUUAAUAAGAGCUGGUUACAUUACUGAUCCUGAACUUAUUAAAUCUAAGAUUGAUAACUUAAAAAGACAGGAAGAUAAAAUGAAAGAGCAAGGCAAACAAAGAAAAGCUGAUGUCAAAGCAACCAAAGAUAAACUUCGUAAAUUCAAUGAUAAAGUUGGUGCCACUGAAAAGACCAUUGAUGCUGUUGGUAAUAAAGUGGGUUCAUUGAAACCUGUCGGUGGAGAUGUCAAGGCCAUUAAACAACAGCAAGAUGAACUCAAGAAUCUUAUGAAGAAGACAAUUGAACCACUACAGAAACAAUUUGAAGUCACGUCUGCUGAAGGUCAAGGUUUGAUAAUAUCAGCUCCAUCUGGUGUCGAUUGUGAUCAACUUGAAGCAGAAUUAGAACAUCUGAAUGGUAAAAUGUCUGAUCUUAAUGAAAAGGUCAGUGAAAGGGAACACAAUCUAGAUUCAGCUCUCUUACAUUCUGGAAAGUUCACAGAUGCUCUGGAUUCUCUGUUAUCAUGGUUAGCAGAAACAGAAGAUAUGGUUGCUAACCAAAAACCUCCUUCACCAGAACAUCGAGUAGUUAAAGCUCAACUACAAGAACAAAAGUUCCUUCAAAAGAUGAUAGAAGACAGAAAACCCAGUGUGUUAUCAGUCAGAGAAUCUGGUGACAAGCUUCAAGCUGGUGUUGAUCCUAAAGAAAAGAAGAAGAUUCAAGCUCAAAUGCAACAGUUGGAAGAACGCUGGGAGAAUCUGAACCGUGCUGCAUCAGAUCGUAACAAAACUCUUGAAGAAGUGAUGGAUCUAGCUAAAGAUUUCCAAGACAUUCAUGAACCACUCUGUACUUGGCUUGAUGUUAGCGCCAAGAAAUUCAAUUCUAUGGAACCGAAAGCAUUAGAUGCUGAUGGUAUAGAAAAGUUGGUUGAAGAUCUAAGAGCUCUACAAGAUAGUGUCCAAGACAAAGAUCCUAAUGUACGUGAUCUAGCAAGGAAAGGGAAACAAUUACAAGAUCACUGUAAAGGUGAAGAUGUUGUUUUGGUUCAGAUGAAAAUUGAUGAUUGUCAGCAUAAAUAUUCUGAUCUGAAAAAUAAAGUAGCAGACACACUAGAACAAAUGGAAGAAGCCUUGCCAUUGGCUAGAAAUUUCAAUGAGAAACAUAAUGACUUCUUAAAAUGGAUAGCUAAAAUUGAACCUGAGAUUAGAGCUAAAGAAUCUAAAUCUGGUGAUGAAGAAGAUCAUUUACAGAUUUUAAUGGAUGAAUUAGAAAAUAUUCAACCAAUUCUAGAAGAAAUAAAUAACGAUGGUACAGAACUAGUUGAUCUAGCACCUGGAGAUUUAGCGUUAAGAAUUGAUGAAACAAUGAAUAAAGAUAACAAACGUUUUGAUUCGGUUAAAGAGCAGAUUGAAAAAAGAGCAGAAAAGGUUCGAUUAGCUCGCCAGAAAUCUUUUGAGGUCUUGGGAACAUUAGAUGAUUUAAUAGAAUGGUUUGAUGAUGAGGAAUCAAGAUUAUUAGAUUCUGCACCAAUACAUUCUGAACCUGAAAAAUUACAGUCUCAGUUAGUAGAACAGAAGACAAUGAAUGAUGAUAUUACCAGUCAGAAAUCUAAAGCUAGAGAUGCUAUCAAUGGUGGUAAAAAAUUACUACGCGAAAGUCCUCCAGAAGAAGAACCAGUCAUCAGAGAGAAGAUGGAUCUGUUGAAAUCAAAGGCAGAUAACUUAUCACGACUAAGUAACGACCGUCUGACACAAUUAGAACAAGCCUUACCAUUGGCUAAACAUUUCUUAGACACCCACAAUGACUUGGAAGGUUGGUUAGAUGAAAUUGAACCAAUGGUAGCUGAGAUGGCAGUAAUGUCUAUUAGUUCUGAUCAAGUGAAGAAACAACAAGAACAAAUGAAGACUCUGAAACAAGAAGUGACAGAUCAUAAACCAGUUAUAGAUCGUCUCAAUAAAACUGGUACAGCUCUUGUCAAGUUGUGUGGUCCACAAGAUGUUGAGAGAAUUAAAGAUAUCAUGAAUGAAGACAAUAAACGUGUUGAUGAUCUACGUAAUGCUGUAAGAGAACGAUCCAAUUCUAUAGAGGAGGCCAUGCAACAGUCUGCUGAUUUCUCUGAUAAGUUAGAAGAUCUGUUAGAGAAUUUAACCAAAACAGCAGAAGAUGUUAAAAAUGCUGAACCAAUUGCUGCUUAUCCUGACAAAAUACGAGGCCAAAUUGCUGAUAACUCUACUAUUGAAGAAGAUAUGGAUAUGAGAGAAGCAGCAUUGAAUUCUGUACGUAAUAGAGCAGAAGAAUUAUUGAAACAAGCUGGAGAUGGUCAAGAUGAAGCUGUAAAAGAUGUAAAACAGAAGUUAGAUGAACUGGUUAAACUGUAUAAUGAUAUCAAGGGAAGUUGUCAAGAAAGAGGUGAUGCUCUAGAUGAAACAUUGGGAGUUGCAGAUAAAUUUUGGGAUGAACUCAACAAUCUGACUAGUACACUCAAAGACUUACAGGAAAACCUAGCCAACCAAGAACCACCAGCAUUGGAACCUGAUGCCAUUCGAGAACAACAAGAAGAGCUUGAGAAUAUGAAAGAAGAAGCUCAAGCCACACAGGCUGAUUUAUCUGAUGUACAACAAACAGGUCAACAUCUGAUGUCUAUAGUUGGUGAACCAGAUAAACCUGAAGUUCAGAAGAAUAUUGAUGAUUUAGAUAACCAACUAGCUUCUAUUAAUGAUGAUUUAGAAAAACGAGCUCGAUCUUUAGAAGAAGCUCUUGCCAAGGCUUUAACCUUCCAAGAUGUUCUUAUGAAACUGUUAGUAUGGUUACAGAAGAAAGAAGAAGAAUUCAGUGACAUGGGACCUAUUGGUUCUAGUUUCGAAGUUCUUAAGAAACAACUUGAAGCUCUCAAGACAUUUAAAGGUGAAGUAGAGCCUAAACAAAUAGAUAUUGAAUCAUUGAGUCAACAAGCUAAUGAAAUGGCAAAAGAUAGUACUGCUGAACAAGCUGUUAUUGUGAAGGAACCAGUUGUAGAACUUAAAGAGAGAUGGGAUGUACUGGUUGAUAAUAUCAGAGAUAGACAGCGUCUGAUGCAAAAUGCUUUAUUGAAGUUGGGAGAAUUUGACCAUGCUUUGAAAGAGUUGAAUAAUUGGGUAACAAAAACUGACAGUAAAUUAGAUGAUAUUGAACCUGUCUAUGGUGAUUCUAAGAUUAUUGAGAUUGAGAUGGCCAAAUUAAAGGUGAUUCAAAAUGAUAUCCAGUCUAAAAUACCUAGUAUAGAUUCUAUCAAUGCUGAAGGACAGAAACUGAUGGCUAAUGAAAGUCAUAUGGAAAUAUCUAGUAUGAGACAGAAAUUAGAUGAUCUGAAUAAUGGUUGGGAAGUCAUUCAAGAUAAAACAAACAAGAAAAUGGCUGAUUUAGAAGAAGCUUUACAAGAGGCUCAGUUAUUUACUGGAGAUUUACAUGAUGUACAAGUUAAACUAAGUGAUAUAGAGAACCAACUGAUCACUUCCAGACCUGUUGGUGGUUUACCUGAAACAGCUAAAGAACAACUGGAUAGGUUUAUGGAGGUGUUUAAUGAUCUAAAAGCAUUAGAACCUAAAGUUGGUGAUGUUUUAAAGAAUGGUGAUGAUCUAGCCACGAAGAGUACUGAUCCUUCUUCUAAUAAUAUCAAACAUAAUAUGAAAGCUCUGCAACAGAAAUGGGAUAAUUGUAGAGCCAGAGCUGGAGAUAGAAAGAAAAAAUUAGAAGAAGCUGAAGGCAAUGCUGGUAAUUUCCAUAAUGAUCUCAAUAAGUUUAUAGCCUGGUUGACAGAGAAAGAAAGAGUACUGAAUAAUCUUGCACCUGUUAGCCGUCUGGUUAAUAGAGUCACAGAUCAAGCAGAUGAGCACAGGAUCCUGCAGAAAGACAUCUCUAAAAAUCGUGAGAACCUGAUAGCUUUAGAGAAGAUGGGUACACACCUGAAAUACUUCAGUCAAAAACAAGAUGUGAUCUUAAUUAAAAAUCUACUGUCUAGUGUACAACAUAGAUGGGAGAAGAUAGUAUCACGUAGUGCUGAAAGAACUAGGAAACUAGAGAGAGGUUAUAAAGAAGCUAAAAAUUUCCAUGACAUCUGGAAAGAUUUACUAGGCUGGUUGUCAGAGGCCGAACAGAUUUUAUCUGAAGAUCUUAAGAUUGGUAAUGAACCUGCCAAGAUCAAAGCUCAAAUUGCUAAACAUAAAGAAUUCCAGAAGAAAUUGGGUGCCAAACAGCCUAAAUUUGACACUGUCAAUAGAACAGGUCGAGGUUUGAAAGAAAAAUGUCCCACCGACGAUGUUCCAGUAAUACAGCAGAUGUUGAAUGAACUGAAAAACAAGUGGAACACAGUGUGUGGCAUGUCUGUUGAUAGACAAAGGAAGUUUGAAGAAGCCCUGUUGUUUUCUGGUCAAUUUAAUGAUGCUCUUCAAGCAUUGUUAGAUUGGUUAGCUAAAGUAGAGCCAACAUUAGGUGAAGAUCAACCUGUACAUGCUGAUAUUGAUACAGUCAACAGUUUAAUGGAUGAACAUAAGAUCUUCCAACAAGAAUUAGGUGCUAGAGCCAAAACAGUGGAAUUUGUCAAGAAAUCAGCUAAAGAUUUGAUAGAGAAAUCACAAGAGGACACAUCGGAUUUACAAGCACAUUUAAUAGAACUACAGACUCAAUGGGAUAGAGUUUGUAAAUUAAGUGUUAGUAAACAAGACAGAUUGGAACAAGCUCAUAAACUGGCUGAAGAAUUUAAUAAGAAAGCUAAUGGUUUAUUAGAAUGGUUAGGAGAUGCUGAGAGACAACUUCGUGUACAAAAUCAACAAGCUUUACCAGAAGAAGAAACAGUAAUGUUAGAUAAGAUAGAGGAACAUAAGAGAUUUGAAGAAUCAUUAUUAGCUCAAGAAGCCAAUCUACGUGAAACAUUAAAUAUAGGACAAGAUAUAAUGAGAAGAUGUCAUCCUGAAGGAGUUAUAACAAUGAAACAUUGGUUAUCUGUUUUACGUGCUAGAUGGGAAGAGUUAAUGAGUUUAACUAAACAGAGAGAACGUAAAUUAACUGAUGGUUUAACCACGUUACGUAGAAAUAAUCAACUGUUAGAUGAACUACUAGCCUGGUUAAAUAACGCUGAAGUUAAACUGAUUGAUGCAGAUAAAGAACCUAUACCACAGGAUGUACCAGCUAUACAACAACUACUCAAAGAACAUCAUGAAUUCCAAUGUAAUUUAUCUGCCAAACAACCAGAAGUUGAUAAAUUAACAAGACCAGAGAGACGAAGACCAUCAGUUUCUGUAGAUACUUCAACACCUUCUCUCAUUCCUCGCUUUAGAGGUAGCUUCAGAACACCGUCUAAGAAUUCACCCAGUCGUUCUAGUGGACGACGUACACCAGAUAUGUCUGGCAGACGUACUCCAGAUUUUGGUGGACGUAGAACACCUGACUUCUUGUCUGGUCGUAGAACACCCGAUUAUUAUUCUGGAAGAAGAACACCAGAUUCUGCCAAUCGCCACACACCAGAACCAGCAUUUAGAAAUCCAAGAGUGGGCGCUCUCUAUAAUAAAUGGCGUCAUGUCUGGUUGAUGGCAAUGGAGAGACAACGUAAACUACAAGAUGCUAUGAAUUACUUAGAUGAGCUUGAGAGAAUGAAGAAUUUUAACUUUGAUGAUUGGAGAAAACGAUAUUUACGUUGGAUGCAUCAUAAUAAAGCUAGAAUUAUAGAUUUCUUCAGGCGUCAAGAUCGAGAUAGAGAUGGUAAAUUAACUAGAAAAGAAUUUAUUGAGGGUAUUUUAGCAUCAAAAUUCCCAACUACUAGAUUAGAAAUGGAGGCAGUAGCAGAUAAGUUUGAUCAUAAUAAAGAUGGCUAUAUAGAUUAUAAAGAAUUUGUUAAUGCUUUAAGACCACCAUCUGAUAGAGAGCGAACUGUUGAACCAUCCUUAGAUGAAAAGAUAAUGGAUGAAGUUAAGAGACAGGCCAGUAAAUGUACAUGUGUUAAACAAUUCCGUAUUCAUAAAAUUGGUGAAGGCAAAUAUCGGUUUGGAGAUUCUCAAAAGUUACGUUUAGUGCGUAUUUUACGUAGUACUGUUAUGGUUAGAGUUGGAGGUGGUUGGGUCGCCCUUGAUGAAUUCCUUGUUAAAAAUGACCCUUGUAGAGCUAAAGGUAAAACUAAUGUUGAAUUACGUGAACAGUUUGUAUUAGCUGCUGGUGUUAGUCAGUCUAUGGCAGGCUUUGUUUCCAAAAGUCCAGCCCCAAAUAGUCCUUAUACUGGUGGUAGUCCUGCACGUCCAUCUUAUACACCUUAUACAGGACCUAUAUCAAAGAUUCGAGAAAAGACACCACAUUCCUCCCCAUGGAACCAAAGAACCAAAACACCAGACGGUGAAGUUAGACAUAUAAUGUCAAGAAAUUUAGAGGGUUCCCGUCUUACACCACCAGCUAAAUCUAAAUUAUUCCGUAAACCAGCAAGUCCUAGUCAUCCACAAACACCAACAAGUCGAAGUUCAAGUAGAGCUAGUAAUGGAGGAAGUCGACCACCCAGUCGUACAGGAAGUGAAACAUCAGAAGGUGGCGUAGACGCUGAAGUAUUCACAACUUUACAAACAGAGACUGAUAACCGUGGUGGGCGUAAUAAUACAACUGUUACUUAUCAGACCCACAACAUCCAAACUCGUACCGUAACAAUCCCUACCCCAACACAGUCCAAAUAUUCUAAAAUACCUAAAUUCUCACCACGACGAUAG